UCGUUGGUGUUCGUCGACGUGUGACGGUGUCAGAGCUGGAGCCGACCUGUGCGCCACUGGCCUCACCGUCACAACACAGCCGCAAACAAGAACACGAAGCCAGCGAGGCAGGCGAUGAAGACGCCGUGAACAUUUCGGAGACGCAGUUAAGUGACGUGUCCGCGCAGAGACGGAAUCAUCCGGACCGCGGGUUGUCCAGGGGGCGUGAAGGUCCGACAUGUUGAAGGGGACUUGUCGUCGUUGCAGAAACUGCGCCGGACGUCUAUGAACGACCCACUUGGAGAACUGCGCGUCGUGUUUCUGUGCUGUGGUUAAGUGCCAGCCGCUAUCUGCCUGCUGUCAAACCGACUGGGUGGGAAGGUGAAGGAUGUGUUGGCAGCGAAAAUGUCCCCGACGGGACGGAAGUAUGGGAGCUAUUCACAGCAGGUACGAUGGGGGAGCAGGUUUACAGCACAGUGGGAGUGGCCAAGAGAGUGACCACCGGCCAAUAAUUGAGGAGGAUGACACAAAGAGGCGGAGGUCCAGUGGGAGAUGCAGCUCAGGAGAGACAGUUCCCUGUCCGACCUGCCAGGGCACUGGACGUAUACCCAGAGGUCAGGAGAGCAAGCUAGUGGCCGUCAUAUCCUGUAAUGACCAGAGGCUGAGGCCCAGACACACGAAGUUGUAUGUUGCUGUGUCUGUUGGCGUGUGUCUGGUGGUCAGUGCCCUGGUGUUGUUCUUCCUGUUUCCUCGCACUGUUCUGCUGUCUCCAGUCGCCGUGAAGUCGUCCUUUGUCUACUUCACCACGAAGGAAGUCCUCAUUAACAUCACGAAUGUAUUGAAUAUCACCAACCAGAACUUCGCAGCGGUGCAGGCCUACAAUCUGACGGUGCAGGCACUCAACUACGAUACGGUGGUGGGAACCGUGUACAUUAAGAACGUGACCGCUAUCAAGCCUCUGUCCACCACGACGUACUCCUUCGUGAUCCCCAUCCAGCUGACGGACGCUGGCCUUAGUAACUACUGUAAGAAAGCUUCCAUCAAGGUUCACAUCCUGUAUCUGCACCUACAGAUGUCCAUGAAGGUUUACUACCUGGCCCACUAUGAGCAGCUCUCCCUGGAUACAUACGAAUACAUCGACUGUGGAGCAAACAGCACCACACUGCACCAGAUGCAGCCACCACCGCCCUGAUCGACGGACUGAGAAAAGAACACACCAACACACACUGAGGACACUCCGGGGGGAUUUCAACUGUGACGCUAAAUGUUUAGUAGGAUACAUUAUAACAGGAAGUCGUUUGCGUUUAUCCAGGAUUGAAGAAGUCUGUAAUAUUUGUGUUCACGUCGGCUGAAACGGAGUCUGGUGUGUUUUCCCAGUUUGAGCGGUCGGUGGAGGCUAGUUUAUCAAACCCUGGUGCGGACCAAAUGAUGCACUGAGACCAUGUGAAGAGGGUCUCAGUCCACUUCCAGGACUCUGGUGUGGUUCGUCUGUGAACUGAAAGCAAACUGACCGACCUCGGUGUGUGACGAAACAAGAUCUAUGGUUUUGACAUCACUUCACGAGCUUCACUGUUAAUGAGUCCAUCUGCUUCACAUGAACUUGUUCAAGAAGCAAACGUCUACAAAUAACUGAUGGAUCAGUUAUUACCAAAUUAUUUAAAUAAAUAUAACACGUGUGUAACUUAAUGAUAUAUAUAUAUCUAUAGAUAUAUAGAUAUAUAUAUAUAGAUGGACGACAUGACAGAUCCCAAAAGUGAAGCCAAAACAUCCACACAGCAGUCAGCACCCUAGUGGCUGGUCAUGAACCCAACCUCCUCCAUGUUGGCAGACGCGACAUGGACCAUACAAAGAAAAUCAAAGUACACGUUAAAUGAGUUUUCCCCCCCAAAGAUGGUUAUUUAAGUUUAGAUAGUUGUUAUCCUACUAAUCUAUGUUCAAGUGUUCACCUUUAGAUAAGUUUGGUUUUAAUGAGUUCUUUGACGCUAUGAAAACAGGGUGAGACAUCAUGAUUGACAGGUGAGACUGAUUCGAGGUUGGUAGAGCACGCCUGUCGGCAGGACCGUGAGAUACCACGGCUCCACACAACAAUCACUACUGCGCAGACUCUUGGCUCCAAAUUACAUCACCAGGACAAGAUGGAGGCGGCUGUUUCAGAGAUAUUAUGGCUUCAUGUUUGUGCAGUGGGGAAAGUGGAGACACGUCAUCCAUCCGUUUGUACAGUCACUGGUGUUUAACCCUGAUCAGUCAAAAUCAUCUGUUGUAUUUGUAUGCUGUGAACUUUGUCAGUCAAUUAAAACUGAUUCCACCACUA